GUGGUGAAGGACGAGGUAGAAGAGGAGGACGUGGUGAAAGACGAGGUGGAGGAGGAGUAAGGGCAAGGAGACAAGCAGUCUCGGAUGAAAUUCGAGCCACUUUAGUGGACCACGUUGUUGUCCAUGGUAUGACCAUGAGGGAGGCUGGGCAACGAGUCCAGCCUAAUUUGAGUCGCUUCACCGUCGCCUCCAUCAUCAGAACCUUCAGGGAGGAAACCCAGGAUACAGAGACGACCGUCUGGUGGUGGGAGGCUAAGGCUUUUGUCAGAGGAGCAAGAGAGGGAGCUUGUAAACAUGGUCAUUGCCAAUAAUGUAAUCCGCCUGCGAGAGAUUCAAAGGAGAGUGAUUGAGGAUAAUAAUCAUUUUCAAGGAAUAAAUUCCAUCAGCCUUUCCACAAUUGAUCGCAUCCUCCAAAAGCAUCGGUUCCGGAUGAAACAGGCGUCCCUUUUGAACGAAACUGACCAACGAGUGGAAUAUGUUCAGAGAAUCUUUGAGAUUGAAGGCUGGCCUGUUCCACCUGAAAUUAUCUUUGUGGAUGAGGCUGGUUUCAACCUCACCAAAAGAAGGAGAAGGGGGAGGAAUAUAAUCGGCCAUCGGGCUAUUGUAAAUGUCCCUGGUCAGCGUGGAGGGAAUGUCACGAUGUGCGCAGCCAUCAGCCAACGAGGGGUACUCCACCGCCAUGCCAGUCUAGGACCCUAUAAUACUAUGCUCCUUCUUGCAUUCCUUGACGGUCAAAGAGAGCAUAUGUUCCAGCUGGACCACAGGGAACCAGCACAACCAGAGCACCCUCACUAUGUUGUUGUUUGGGAUAACGUCAGCUUCCAUCGCGCUGCUCUGGUUCGUGACUGGUUUACCGAUAACCCAAUAUUUUCCAACCUCUUUCUGCCUGCAUACUCUCCAUUUCUUAACCCAGUAGAGGAGUUUUUUUCGGCAUGGCGGUGGAAAGUGUAUGACCGAGAACCUUAUAUGCGUGUUCACCUCCUUCAGGCCAUGGAAGAAGCCUGCCUAGACAUAUCAGUAGAUUCGUGCCAGGGGUGGAUCAGGCAUGCAAGAGGAUUUUAUCCCCGCUGCCUGGCUAGGGCCAAUAUAGCCUGUGAUGUGGACGAGAUUCUCUGGCCUGACCCAGAGCAAAGGCGGGAUGCUGAUGCAGAAUAA